AGUUCCCUCGUUGAGAUCGUCCAACCAAUCGGCCUGUGUGAUUCCCACAGCCGCAAUAAGCAAAAAGACAGCAAAGAUUACCGCGAUUUUUGUAUUCAUCGUGAAUGAAGCGAAGGCAGCGAAUGUGAGGAGUUUAAUGAUUGAUCUUUUCAAUGCAAUGCUUUUAUAUAUAAAAGAAAUGCUACGCUUACGAGCUUAAGCAGGGGAUUUUUGCACAGAUACUCUUCUAAAGUAGUAUUUAGUGAUAAGAAAACACAGCGGCAAGAUGCUAAAAAUUAUUUCUACACAAGAGUGCUUUCAUUUUCAAGAUUGUUGGCCUGCCUGUACAAUAAUUGCUAUAUAAUACUUUUAUUGCGGUAGUAAAAUGUACUGACCCGCAUAUUUUUGAUUAAAGUUAGUUAAAAUGUUCCUUUAUUACCUUAGUUUUAGUCCAUAUACAUUAGGAUUAUAAAUUAAAAUUAUAAUUAUUUUAGAAUUAGCAGAUAAACUUUUAUAAGACUACUUAUGCACACCAUUUUAGUAUUUCUUUUUUUAAGGACUAUGCACUAACCGAAAUUUAAAUUGAUCACCAAAAAACUACAAUAUAUAGAACUGUGCACACAUUCGAACCAGCAUGCAUAUACAUACAGCAACAAUACAAUACGUGAAGUGAAGGAAAUCCCCGCCAACGCGCUGAUAAUGAAAGGUGGCGUUUGAUUAUAUUUCCGUGUGUUACGAAUAUAAAAGCAUUGCCGAGCUGGCUAAUUAUCAAUCAACCCUAUUCAAGCUUCGAAUAAAGUAUUGUAGAAAUACACCAAGCGUAAAAAUAUUUAUAUUAAUAUAUAAUCAACUCACAACAACAAAAUGAACUUCAAUAAAAUUUUUGUGCUCCUGGCUGUCUUAAUCGCCGUCUUCGCUGGUCAAACCGAGGCGGGAUGGUUGAAAAAAAUUGGCAAAAAAAUUGAGCGCGUUGGUCAACAUACCCGAGAUGCCACCAUUCAAGGACUUGCUGUGGCUCAACAGGCCGCCAAUGUUGCAGCAACUUUGAAAGGAUAAACUGAAUCUGCUCGGAAGUUGCUACAAAAGCAUUUAUGUACCUAACAUAAAAAUAAUAUUUAUUUAUUUAGAAAAUAGUGAAUAAUUUAUGGAGAUUAAUGUAAAAAUACUACAAUAAAAAUAUGUUUCCCAAAAUA